AUGCGGUCACAAGCUGCAAAACCCUUACCUAAAAAGGGACCUUUGGCUAAAACAUCUUUUAAAGCUAGUACCGCUACAAAACAAGUUAAGAAAAAAGCAGUAGCAACCAAAAAAGUUAAAACACUUCAAAAAUCAACAACAAAAAGUGCAAAAAAGAAUACCAGUGACGAAUCGUCCAAAAAGGACAAUGAUUCGUCAAAUAAAGAAAAAAAUGAUUCCACGUCGGAUACUGAAAAGGCUGGACCUUCCAAGGCGAUUAAUGUUAGAGAGGAAUCUCCUAUGAAAAAAGGAAAAAAAGACCCGAAGGAAGCAAAAGACAAGAAUAAAGUUGCCCCUAAGAAAGUUCUCUCAAAAAAACCUAUUAAAUUAACAAAAAAGGCCAACCCCGCAGUUAAAUCAAAAAAAGACAGUGAUGAAGUAAAGUACAAAAUAAACUUAGAAUCUGUUAAGAAAACUUCAGCAAAAAAUCCAAAAGCCAAGACAAAUAUUAAAAAAAGCAAUACAGGCAAUCAAAAAAAGAAAAGUAGUGUACAAAGUAAGGAGAGUGAGGUAAAAACUGUAGACAAGCAUGAUGAAGAAGAAAAGAGUUCUAAAGAUAAAAUAAAAGAUUCUUCGAAUAUUUCUACCAUAAUUGAGAAUAAAGAAGACAAACCUGAUAUAGAUAAUCCAGAGUCUGAUAAGAAAUCAGAAAAGAAAGAGGAAUCCAACAAAACUCUAAAGUGUAAUAGCAAUUUCUCGGAUACAGCAUAUCAAAGUAUAACAGUUAUCAAAAGCUCCAAUCAAUCAGAAACCCAAAAAACUGAAACAGAAAGGCCUCCAAAAUUUUUUACUUCCAUCAGAUCUCCGAGAACAGUCGAUAUAGACGUUAAAUGCUGUAAGAAUUCUAAAGGAAAUUUGAGUGUUUCUGAAAGAUUUAUAUCUCUUAAAUGUGAGAGUAAAACUGAUGACCUUAACAAAGAUAAAAAUUCGUCUAAUAAUCUCGUAUCUCAAGGUCCAGAAAUAGACGUUUAUACUUUCACAGAAAAGGUUGAUUCACCAAAGAGCAUAUUAUCUGAUUUUAGAAAUCCGAUAAAUAAAAACAUUGGAAGAGUGCGGCCAAUUGCUAGAGUAAAAGGAACCGUUAUAGAUAAAAAAUUAGAUAAUGAUAGGAAAAAGUUCUCUCCACAUAGACCCAUUGAGGAAGUAGUGAAACAACUAAAGGCAAAUAAAAGAACAGAAGAUUUAAGCUCACUGUCGAAAAAUAAUACAGCUGCAAGUUUGGACUUUAAUGUUUUUAACGAUGAAAAAGAAGAAGUGCAACCACCUAUUGUGAGUAAGUCAUACAAAAUGGUUGCUAGAAAGUCUAGUAUAACUGGAAAACCAUUCAGCCCUAUUAAAUUCCUUGACCAAGAUUCUCCUUCAAAACCAGAAGUAAAGACUCCAACGAAAGUCAGCAAUACCAAAAAAAGUGUCAGCAGAUCUAAGAAACAACGGAAAAAAAGUACUUCAUCAGAUGAUGAAAUGAAUACAUCAACUUUUGCACUCAAUACAAAAACAUUUCAUUACACUUCUUCAGAAGAAAGCGUCAGCGAAUCAAAUGAUGAUAAUGAUCAAGUAGAAUCUUCCGAAUCUAGUUCCUCGAAAACUAAAAAGACAAGGAAUAAAAAGUAUAAGAGGAUAACCGAUAGUGCUAAGAAAUCAAAUUCUAAGGAAUUGAAAGAAUUGUCAAAAGAUUCCUUGAUUGAUAUCAAAGAUACUUCUGCGUUACUAGGAAAUGAAAAACCUAGCAAAAGGCGGCUGAAACUCUUAUCAAUGUGGUCAGGGCCGAAGAAACAUAGAAUGGCCUCUCUUAAUGCUCUUGCAAAAGUACACUGUUUAUACGAAAAUGAAAGCAGAACUCAUAUGGAACUAGGUCUAAUGAAAACAGUUGAUAGGCAAGCUAUGCCAAGUACAUCUAAAUCUAAUUUGCCAAAGAAAAAAGAAACAAAAACUAGAGAUUCCGACAAACAAGAAAGUACUUCAGAGUCUGAAUACGAAAAUAAAAAGGAAACGGAAAAAGACAGUUCGGAGAGUUCAGAUGAUAAUCCGCCACAGAGGACUUUACGCGGCGUACCUGGAAUAAGGAGUGCUGGUAAAUAUUGGGAUCCGAGAUCCUCUACGUCAUCAAGUGAAGAUAGUGAAUUAGAGUCUAAAACCAAGAAUAUCGCUACCGACAAAAAGAAAGUGUCCGCUAAACCCUCUGCUAAGUCAGAUUCUGAUAAACCACCUCCCAAAAUGAAGAAAACAGCUGGCGUACCAGUUAAGAAGAAGCGUAACAGAAAUGAAGUCGUUAUGGAUUUAAAAGAUAUGGUAGUACAGAAACGUAUGGCAAGCUUAAACGCCACUGCUAUUCUGGCCGCCAGUUACGAGAAACGAUCUCCUAAAUCAAGCAAAGACGACACGACAUCAGACUCGUGCUCCGACGAUUCUUUUUCACAGAAGCCAAAAAACGGAUUAACUUCCGGCAUAAAGUCGGAAUUAAAAAUAGAAGAUACUAAAAAAGAAUGCGAAGAAUCGUCUGAUAGGAAUCAAAAGGUUGAAGUAAUCGUGAACCAAGAUACAGAUGUAACGAUCACCGGCGUAUAUUCAACACAUCUUCAUGAAGGAUUCUGUACCGUAUCGGGAAUGCAAUAUCGUAUAUCUUCAACGAGCCACACUCAAACAACAGCCACCGCUAAUUGCGAAAAGGAGGGCUGUUCCCGAGAAGAUGGUUCUCGUUAUACGCCUCUCUCUGCUCUGUCAUCCAUGCAGCCUCCCGCGGACCACUCACAUCAUCCACAUCCAGUUCCGGAACUUGGUGGGUUGGCGAGGCGGGCUGCUGGUUGUUCGAGUGCUUUCUCAGCGCCUUCACCGGCUGCUCAUCAUGACCCAGGUAAGCCGACAUGCAGUUUGUGUGACCCAACGCUUCCGGUAUCGCCUUAUGGAUAUUACCAGCCGGCUGGGCCCUUGAUAAAGGAGACGAGCGCAGACGCGGAACGAGCACUAGCUAGAUACCAUCCGCCGCCACACUAUCAUCCACCACCCGUACUACAACAAUAUGGUCCAUACUACCCGGCUGAGCUAUGUUAUGGAAGGUACUACAGACCCCCAGGACCUUAUCACAUGCCUCCACAGCCGGAUGCACCGAUGGUGGGAGUAAGUGAGCCGUAUCCUCCCCCUCAAUACUACGGCCCCACACCAUGCUACCCCCAUUCACCACAAAGAAUACCAUACGUAGAAUACCGAGGAUGCCCGUGCCCAUUAAACGCGUGUCCAAAAAACGUCCUUAUUGGGCCCGCUACUGGUAAAGGCCCCACCGGUGGCGGCCCAGCGGACGUUCCCUCGGCCUUAGCGCCGCCCGGGGCCGCCUUCAGACAGAAGGUGCGGGUCGCGCUCGACUCUAACGCAGAUACUCAUGGAAGCGGAAAGGAUCCUCCUAUAGAACCAGAGCCACCAGAGCCUCCGACCGCAGCAGACGCCCCACAUCCAUGUCCUCUGCCAGCUAUCGGUGGUGCAUCACCAAAGCGGGAGAUGUUCGACGUCCGAGAUAACCCUCGCUUAAACGCUGAUAUCCCGGGACCAACAGAGGCUAUAGGACCCCCCUCCCCUGCAAGGGGAGUCUGUGCUCCACAACCACCGCUAAGUGCCCCAAGACGGGCUCGACUUGGCAAAGCCAUGGCCAGGCGGUCACUAGCUGGCGAUGACACGGCACUCCUCAUAUCAACACCUCAACCGAUAGUUGAUAAUCACACUGAGGCUGAUGAUGACGUUCUAGCCAUAUCACCGCCCACGUGUGCUCCCAUCGAUUUAUCCUCCUCCGAUGAACGAUCAACACCCUUAGUGGACGUCAAAAAAGAGAAUGAGGGACCCACUUACGCUACGUCAAGAAAGACUGACGCGCAAGCUCUUAGAGAACACAAUUGUACAACUGCCUUACAAACCACAGAUGUCGCGGAUCCUGCUAAAGCGGUCAAGCGGAGAUAUUCCAAAUCUAAACUUGAAAUAGAAAUGAAAGAUGUUCAACUCGAGGACGCAUGUAAAACAAAUGGCAUCGGGGAACAUGUUAAACUGCAAAAACGAAGAAAGGUUUCUGGGGAACUCUCACAUGUACCACGUACAGAAACCAUCACUAAAGAACCAAAAAAGAAACCUACGCAGAGCAAAAGGACGACAAAAACUUCAAUCAGUGAUAAGAAAGGACAUAAAAGGAAAUCAAGUACUGUCGUAGAGGAACCGAAGCCUAAGACCAUGUUACUUGACAUCAUUACCAAUGAAGAUCCUCGUCUGACAAAUGUUGCUGCCGUUUCAGAGGACACUAUGUGUAUGAAACCCAAAACUAAAAGCGCACUUCUGCUUGACAAUUUAAUAAAGAAAAAUAGCGUAGACAGGCCUGAAGCUAAAGGAUACAAUCCUGAUACAAAACUAAAUCCUGCGGAACUCUUUUUACCACCGAGUGAAAACGUAACUCAAAACAAUGCGAAGAAAACCUUAAAUAUCAAUAAUAACAUAGUAGAUACAAAUUCCCCCAUAAACGGGGUGCGAUCAAAAACUAUUGCGGCUGUAAGUCAGCUUAUUGAAAAGAAGUUAGCGUAUAAGAAUGCUUGCAAAGUAGACAAAGUAGAUUCCAAGGUUACUCACAGCCUUAAAUCAGUAUUAUCUUCACCCACCGAAGCACUAGAUGACAAAGAGGAUAUAAAACAAGGAGUUUUAUUAAACGGUGAAAUGAAUAUUGACAAAAAAGUCUGCCUCGAAAGUGAUAUAGGAAAAAUUGCAGAUAUGAAAGAAAAAUGUGAAUAUAAAGACAUUAAAAAUACAAUAAGUAUUGAAAACAAUAUUUUGCAAAAUGAAAAAUCCACGAAAGUAAACCUAAAGGCCUGUCCAAACAAAACUAUUAAAGAAACUAAUAACAUCGACCUCGUGGAAGAAUCUCAAAAGACAGAAAAAGCUUUAAAAGGCGAAGUAACUAAUUCGUGUAAAGCUAAACACGUUGAAAAAUUAGUGAAGCUUCUGGCUUCCAAAAAACAGGCUUCAAAGUUAUCUGAAUCAGAAGCAGUUAUAGAGGACGAAGCGGAUGUAGACACAAAUCAAGAUAUGGAUAGAGAAAAGAGUACAAAACGAUGUAAACUAGUCGGAGAAAAAGUUAAUGGUGAGAAAUGUAAGACGGAGAAAGUGGCGAAGCUGCUCGUGUCCAAAAAGACGGUUAUAAAGACUGAUGAAGCAUCGCUAGUCGUUGAAGACGCUUGUUCAUCACCAGUGACGAAUGUUAGGAAGACUAGAAGAAGACGUAGCGGAGGAAGAAGAAUUAGGAGAACUGUGGCUCCCCUCGCCCCACCAGACUUACAACCUAAAGCAACACCACGAUGGAGCAAUGGAUGGAACUGGGACGGCGAACACUAUCUGUCAAAAGUCUACCUCAAUAACGACUCGCGUCUUGACCGCACCGCUCGUUGCUGGGCCCGUAUGACCCACGCGAGUGGGGACCGCGUGUCGCGAGGUGACUGCGUCUUAUUGAGAGCGUCCCAGGCCAGGGCUCAACCAUUCGUGGCCAGGAUCGCCAGCCUGUGGGAGAACCCUGAUGACGGUGAGAUGAUGGUGUCCCUUGUAUGGUACUACCGUCCGGAGCAUACCGAACGUGGUCGUCAGUCAACAGACGCGCCCGACGAAGUGUUCGCUUCAAGGCAUCGCGACGCUAACUCUGUCGCAUGUAUAGAAGACAAGUGCUACGUACUCACGUUCAAUGAGUACUGUAGGUACAAGAAGCGCCUGAAAGCGUUAGAAGAGGGCGUCGUGAUCACACCAUCAAUAGUACCGUCGCUGCCAGCCAGUGAAGUGACGCCGGCUUUAGCUCCGAACGACACAAAACUACCGCCUUCUGUAUCACCAGAAUUAGUGCUGUUCUGCCGAAAAAUAUACGAUUUCAGGUCCAAAAAAAUUCAUGUACCCAACAAAUGA